AACCAUUUAUGCCAAAACACAUUUAUUGUUGUUUUUGAGGAUUUGAUCUGCGCCUUUCUCUCCGUUAGAUUUUUGAUAAUUCUGGCUCCUUUUACUCCGCCGGCGAUUUUCAAUUUCUCCGGCUACUAACUAACCCUAACCUUACACUCCACCGUCACCGGCGUCGUCUUCGUUGCGGAACCGAGAAAGAAGCUUUUUGAUGGCGGACACGGAAAUGCAAGAGCAAGAUGUGCCGUCUGUUGCUGGCGCUGAUGCUACUCUUGUUGAUACCAAAGCCGUAGAGGUGGAGGAGGAGGAGCGUUCAGAACAAGAGAAAGACCAAACCUCUAUUGAAAAACCUAAGUCCCCUGUUCCUAAGGAUACGACUCUUACUUUGGAAAGUGAUGUUCAUUUAUCUGAUGCUCCCGUUACUAAUCAAACUGAGGCUAAUGAGGAGGUAGGUGGUCAGAAGAACAUUGUUGAUGGCAAGAAUGGUGAUGUUGAUGUUGAUCAGUCUGGAAAGAAGAUUACGGAUGAAGGCGGACAAGAGGAGACAAAACUCGGGGAAUCAACUUCUCUCAAGGGGGGACCGUCGAGCCCUCAUGUUGCUGAUGAAAGUGUUAAGAAGUGGAAGACAUGGUUGCUAAGUGACUCUGAGGCCAGGGAUGUUGAUGAAUCAGGGACACCAGCGGAUCAAGAGGCGUUUAUUAAAGAAGUAGAGGCCUUCCACAAGGAGAAUCUCCUGGAAUUUAAAGCCCCUAAGUUUUAUGGACAGCCCUUAAAUUGUCUCAAGCUAUGGAGGGCCGUCAUCAAGUUAGGUGGCUACGAUGUGGUUACCACAUCUAAGCUAUGGCGGCAAGUUGGAGAAUCCUUCCAUCCUCCGAAAACAUGCACUACAGUCUCCUGGACAUUCCGCAUUUUCUAUGAAAAGGCACUUUUGGAGUAUGAGAAGCAUUUAAGGCAAAAUGGUGAGCUUAACCUUCCUGGUUCAGCAUUUCUUCCGUCUGCAAGCCUUGAAAAGGAGGCAACUAGCCAUCAAGGUUCAGGGUCAGGUAGAGCACGAAGAGAUGCUGCAGCUCGUGCUAUGCAAGGUUGGCAUUCUCAGCGCCAUCUUGGAUCUGGGGAGGUUACUGAGCCUAUUGUUAAGGAUAAAGGCUUGAAUUCAACCCCAAAGCAAAAGAACCUCAAAAACAUUGGUUUGCAGAAACAAAAAACACCAACUGGCGCGGAUGUUGUUUUUACACAUGAAUCAGACAGACAGUCAACCGCCGAGGUUAUAGAUGUUGGACCCCCAGCAGACUGGGUGAAGAUAAAUGUCAGAGAAACUAAAGACUGCUUUGAGAUAUUUGCCCUGGUACCUGGACUUCUUCGUGAAGAGGUCCGCGUUCAAUCAGAUCCUGCAGGGCGGCUAGUUAUAGCAGGCCAACCUGAGCAGCUGGACAAUCCUUGGGGAAUAACACCCUUCAAAAAGGUUGUGAACUUUCCAGCAAGAAUAGAUCCGCUGCACACGUCAGCGGUUGUGAGCCUGCACGGUCGACUGUUUGUGCGAGUCCCAUUUGAGCAAUGACCAGACUCAUCUCAAGAGAGCCCGUUCUUUAGUUGUUUCUUUGGUGAAUUCGACGACCACUUUGGCUCUUAUAGGAAUUCGUUUUUAUCAGUGGUAAAGACAUUAGCAAACGUGAUAGUUUGACUGACUGUAACUUGAAUUCUGAAUAUUACGUAAAGUAGGGAAACGAACGUUGGUGCUCCAUUGAUGUUAGUAGGAAAGCUGCUCCCUCAUACUUGGAAAGGUUAUGAUUUUCUGAUUAUUUGUUGUUUUUAUAGGAUAUGCUGAUGGAAGUUUUGAUUUUUUCCU